AUGUUUCAUUUAGUGUCAAAAUUAAAGUAAUCCUUAGAAAGUAGAUGUGCUAUUUUUACCUCUUUCCUCUUUAACACUAGAGAUCAAUAAGUCAUAAAAUUGUUGGUUGACAUCUUUCAAGAUUGUAAAAAUGAAAUAUUUGGUGCUUGUACUUGGGUCAAUAGGAUUGAAGAUCAAUUUGAACAAUGUACAGUAUCUUAAUAACAAAAAAGAUUUCUAUUAAAAUUAAAUACUGAAAUCUUCGAGUUCAAUUCAAGUCGACCUUGAUAAACUUCUUGAUAACAGCGAGGCUUCAGAAUCUUCUAUAGAAAUUGAUCCAAAUGAAGAAAUACAAAAGUGGAUUUGUCGGGAUGGCAUUCCUCUUGCCAAUGAAUAAUUGGACUACUUUAGAAGUCCUGAAUGUUUAGAACUAAUCUUCCAAUAUAUUUUCGAUCCUAGUCAUCUAUCCACUAUACAUGAAUGGGUAAUUGUACUCCUAUAAUCAUAGUCACAUCACUACAGCGAUGUCAAAGUUAAGCAUAAUUUUAAAUCCAGAAAGCCUGAUCAAACUUAAGAUAUAGAUUAAUUGUGUCUUAUUCGCUCUCUUAAAACUCUAAAAUUACUGAUGUACGAGAAUAACUAUACUGUUAUUAGUAAAAUAGUGCCCUAAUUCAUUAUUAAAUUAUGUAUCAUUUCUGAUCUAAAUUUAGUUCAUGGCAUUUAUGAUGCUCUGAAUGAUAAGGAUAAGAAUGUAGAUCUUAACUAAAUUUCUCUGCUAUUGGAUUUUCUAUUGUAGGCUAAUCGCAGGUAAUCCAUACUCUUGAUUAUUGAAUUAAAUCUUAUGUUCUAAUUCGUAUCCUUAAUGUAUAAUGAAAAUAUUGAGACUAUUGUGCAGAGUAUAAAUAAAACCAUAUUGCUUAGAAAUAAUUAUGGAUGAAUAUGAAAUGGGAAAUUAUGUCUUUGAAUAAUUUUGGUAAUAUUUGGAAUGCACUAAUUGGAUACAAUAUUUCCUAUCUUUGUCUCUGAAAAUGAAGGUCGAUACUUUCAAAGCCAAUAAAAACAAUUAAAAUGAUAAGACAGUUAAUAUUACAGGUCUAUUAAAAUCAUAAAUAAACUUUGAUCGUUUUAGCAACAAUACUGAAAUAGACCUAAGCGAAAAGAAGAUGCUUACCGAUUUCUUAGGGUAAAUGUAACCAGGUAAGAACUACAUAUAGUAAUAUGGGAUGAACUAAUUAAAUUGGCAAUUAAAUCAAAACAUACGUGAAUAUUUAUUUGCCAGUGAAAUUGAGGGGAAGGAUAUUGAUAAUCUGCGAUUGUUUACAAGUGAAAGAUAAAAAUAUCAAUCUACUGUUUAAAUUUCAGCCAAAGAUAAACAUUUUAUUAAAUAGAUAAUUAAACAUGACACAUUGCUCAUUAGACCCAAUAGUAGAAGAAACAUCAAGUAAACUUUGCAAUAAAAGAAUUUAACAAACCUUUAAAUUGCAUAAACAAUUAAUCAACUACCAAGAUUAACAGUUGGAAAUCAAGAACUUUCAAAAUGGAUUCAACCUCAAAAGGCUACUAGUAUUAUUUGCAUCAAUUAAAAUUCAAGAAAAAGUCCAAGACUCUGUCCUGUUAGAACUGAAUAAAGUGUUGAUGUCUCCUCAUUUUAUGAAGGCUUUUCGAGUGGAAGAUUGAAAGGACUGUAUCCAAGUCCGAAAAUAUCUAUAUAAUCUAGCAGUUUCGAAAGAAAAGCAAUUAAAUAUGCAUCUGAUAUCUCGUUGUUGCCAUCCUGCAUUUCCAUCUUGAAAUUACUGAUUCAAAGUGUAUUUCAAAAUAUGACUAAUCUAACUCAAACGGAUAAAAAGUAACAAUAGCGAAUAAAAAUAGAGUAGGAUUAUAUUUUACCAUAAUUUUUCAAUAAGGAAAUCUUGACUUAAAUAUUUAGAGUCUAUUUAUAUGACAUUAACAAUAUUGAUAAGUCUAUUGCAGAUAUUUCAUGUGAAUGUGGAUUAUUAAUAAAUGAAAUCUAUUUAAAUUGUAUCUAACAUUCUGAACUUCACUCUUUUAAAAGAAUUCUGAAAGACUCUUUUUAUGAAAUUGGAGAUUAUAUUUGUAAAGUGAUUGUUAAAUUACAUGAUGACUCAUCCUCGAAAUUUAAGAGAUAAUUAUUAAUUACUACUCUAUAAGAAGGUUUAAUGUUAUUUGGUGAGUAAUAAGACACUCCUAAAAAUGUGUUUAGUUUAAUGAAUGAAACGAUGUUGCAUUUACUUAUAGUUUGGUUUUUUGAUAGUGAUUAAUCCAAUUUGUACCAGUAGGCAUUUGUAAAGUAUUAAUUUAAGAUGCUAUUUUAGAUUAUUUUCGGUAAUCUUUUCGAGAGGUCCUUCGUAUUUGCUUGGUAAUAUACUAUUCAAACUUGGAUUAAUUAGUUCAUUAAAAAAUGCCUAUUUCAACUUCUUUGUAAAUAGCAUUAAGUUUACAAAUGGAGUUGAUAGCUUGUUUUACUACGUCAGCGUUCUGAUCUAUGCAAUAUAGAAAUCAUUAAACAUAAGAAAAAUAUCGUCAAUUUUAAGUAAUUUAGAACCUUUGAAUUCUUGGAAAUCUUUAUAAGAUAUCAAAAUUGAUAACAAUUCUCAAUAUGUUUAAUAGAUCGAUUUGAUAAUCUUGGAAAACGAUGGAAGAACUCCAAGAUAAAUAAUUAAAAAGAAAACAAUCGUAAUUCCAAAUAAAAAUAUCUUGCAAAGUAGAAAAUCUUAAGUAACCAUGCUUACUAGUCAUAAGUAAUAAGUUAUUAAUAAUUACAAGAUUUUCGAUUUAAUCAACUGCAAAUGAUUUAGUAAAUUUAAUGAAAGCUAAGGAUAAAUUCAUUCUUAAUUAGAAAAGAAGUAUACAUUUUUGA